UCUUCCUACCUUGUCCAUUCUAGCCCCUAAACAAUUUGGAACCAUGAAGUGGGUAAUAUUCAUUUCUUUUCUUUGCCUGGUGAGCUUUGCAGAAUUGAAAAACCUACCCAGAAGAUAUCGGCAUGUUGGUGAUCAGGAUAGGAGCAUCAAACGUUUCACUAAUAUAACAUCUGAGCAGUUUGCAGACAUAGCCUUAAUCUUAUUCAGUCAAACUGUACAGUGUGCCACCUUGGAGGAGACAAAAAUACUGGUGGAAGUUUCUGUAGCAUUUCACCAGCAAUGUACUGUUGAUAAAUAUUAUGACCCAGAUUGUGAAAAACCUGUGGGAACAGUUUUCCUGAAUGCAGUCUGUCAUGAUGAAGGGUUUUCCAAGAAAUAUGAAUUUAAUGAGUGUUGUGCUAAGGCUGAUCCAGAAAGAAAUACAUGUAUUGUGUCCCAUAAAAACAAAGCUGCAGGAUGUAUUACUCCCUUUGUUCCUCCAACUGUAGAGGACGGUUGCAAAGCAUAUCAGAAUGACAGAAAAUAUGUUCUGUCCAAAUAUCUUCAUAUUGUGUCCAGAGAAAAUCCUUCUACAGAACCUGUUUUGCUUCUUUAUGGAGCUCAAAGCUAUGAUAAGGUAUUGGAAACUUGCUGUGAAGCUGCUGAUAAAGUUGCCUGUUUCCAGGAAAAGGCAACAGAAGCCAAAAAUAGAUUGAAGGGAAAAAUUGACGAACUAGAGAAUAGAUGUUCCAUUAUAGAGAACCAUGGAGGGGAUGAUUUAUAUUUCUUGGAAUUUGUUGAGACAAGCAAGAAGUUCCCCAAUGCUGAUCAGGCAACUGUAGCCCAUAUUGCUAAAAAUGUGGCACACAUCCUUCAGGAAUCCUGUACAGGGAAUACACUGGAGUCUUUACUCGACACGCUAGGUAUGUUAGAGGAUCUCUGUAAAAAAGAAGUUUCUAUAUCUGCUAACCUUGAUCGUUGCUGUGAAAAGCCUCUGGUGGAGAGAGCAGAAUGCCUUAUUCAAUGGGAAAAUGAUGAAAGGCCUACUAAUCCGCCCCCACCAUGCGAAGAAAUCAUAAAUAAGGCAGGAGCAUGUCAAUCUUAUGCUGAACAUAAAAAGGAUCAUUUGGAAAGCUUUCUUUUUAAAUUAAAAAAAUGCCACACUGACUAUCCUACACUGAUUUAUCUGGACACUUUACAACAAUAUAAAGACUUGCUGGAAAAAUGCUGCAAAGGAGAAGAUUCUGAACAGUGUUUGCAUACAGGGGAAGAACAACUGAAAUUACCCAAUUCUAUGAUUCAGAAAGUGUUGAAAAAAAAUUGUGAAGAGUAUAAAACAAUAGGAGGAUACUUCUUCCAAAAUGAAAAGAUUGUCAAGUAUACCAAGAUUAUGCCCCAAAUGCCAUCUGCAAAUCUGAUUAAGCUCACAAAAAAGUUGGCAGAGGUUGCUGGGAAAUGCUGCAAUUUGGAUGAUGAUCACCAAACCUCAUGUGCUUUGGAAAAUACAGAUAAAGCGAUGGGAUAUGCAUGUACAUUUCACAAAUGGCAUCACAUAAACAGACAAGUUUGCAGUUGCUGUGCUAACUCCUUUAUCAGACGUUGGGAAUGUAUCAGUAACUUAGGAACAGAUCCAUCCUAUGACCCUCCUACAUUCCAACCAAAAGUAUUGGAUAACCCUGAAAAGUUGUGCUCAUCUGAUGAACAUACUGUGAAAGAAACUAAGCAAAGCGUGCUUAUGGACUUGAUAAAAUCCUUCCCAAACAUCACAGAGACAGACCUUGCAGCUACAACCGUAAAGUUCCUUGCCCUGCAGACACAGUGCUGUGAAGCUGAAGACAAAAACGAAUGCUUCAAUACAGAGGGUAAAAAACUGAUUGAACAGAUCAUCGCUGAUCUUGGAGGCCACUAACUAUCUCAGCUUUCACAAUUGAAGAAUGCUGGAGAUAAAGUCCAAACAUCCCCAGGCACCCUUCAUGGUGGCUUUCUUGUUAUAUGCCAGCUUUCUAAUGCCAAGGACAAGCAAUUUGAUUCUUGCCUCAAAUUUAUUUCUCAUGAUAGUGUUACUAUCGAAAAUGAAUAAAGUCUUUAAAAGGAAA